UGUCCAUCAAAUCCAGCCAUUGUGCUGCUAGAGCUAAUAAGCUAACGUGGGUAGUGCAGCGUUGUAAUAGCUAGCUAUAGUAGCAUUCAACUUAAUUGGCUGUCUUUAGCAUGGUGGUAUUAUCUGCCAGUAACGUUGUAUUUACGGUAGAUGAUACUCUUACAGUAAAUGGAGAACGAAUACUACAAGUGUCUACUGUUUAAUUCAUGUGGAUAGUUUACUGGCAGCCAUCAUUGAUAGCGUUAGAUGACAGCUAGCUAAUGCUGGCUAAAUGUUGCUAGGCUGCUAGGCUUUCACAUCACCGGCAGGCAGGCGUAGUCACACUUGCUAGCGGUUAACGUGAAUAUCUUGCAUAAUUAACUGUAGUAAUUUGGAUUAAAUUGCAUUUUCAAACGGCCAUUCACUCGUCGACAGCUUCGCUAUCUUCGGUGGCAUCAUGGAUAAGGCAGAUUUCUUGAAAGGUCUUCCGGUUUACAAUAAAAGUAAUUUCAGCAGGUUCCAUGCGGACUCAGUGUGCAAAGCAUCUAACAGAAGACCCUCGGUGUAUCUCCCGACCCGCGAAUACCCCUCAGAGCAAAUUAUUGUUACUGAGAAAACAAACAUUCUCCUGCGCUACCUUCACCAACAAUGGGACAAAAAGAACGCUGCAAAGAAGAGGGAACAGGAGCAGGGGGAGGGGGGAAGUCCGGCUCCCCCCAGGAAAAUAGCCCGAACAGAUAGCCAAGAGAUGAACGAGGACUCAUAAGUGUGCGUGUGUGUGUGUGUGAGUGAGUGUGUGUGUGACAUCCACCAAGAUGACUCUUAGUGGACCGACAGGCGCAGUCGCACAGACGAAGACGGAAUAUACACCACUUGGAAGAAUUUUAAAUCACAUGCAGCGCUAAUACAAUGCAUUGUUAGGUUAAAGAGAACCUUAUUGGGGACAAUGAAGCAAGUUUUUGUUACCUUUUUUUUGUUACCUUUUUUGUUGUUACUUUUGGGCAAAGAGCUUCCUUCGUGGCACAGGCCUCUUCUCAGCAUCACUGCCCAAACUCGACCACAUAAGGAGGCCUCAACACGUCUUCAACACGCCCACCAUCCCCUGAACCCAGGACCCCCAGAAAGCAUGGUCUGCACGAGAGACCCCACUUCCCCCCCCCAACCCCACCGCCUGUACACGCCUAUUAGGGUUCUUUAUGCAUAUCGUACAUUCUGAUUUGAAAGUGUCUGUGAGGUGUUAUGUCUGUGGUUUAACGUCGUGCUGGUUUUACUAAGAUGUUUGUAAAUGAGUAUUGCCCCCUGCUGGCCAACAGCAAAAUAGACUGAACAGCUUUUGCUUCUCUAAAAACAUUUGGGAGAUAAAAACAAGAAAAACGUUUGAGUUAUGGCAAGCUGAUAUGUGUAUUAAUUAGACAAGUGUCUUAAGUCAAGUACCAGUCAAAUUGUACACUUAGCUAAUUAGUUAUGUUUGUCUAUGUAAAGAUUUGAACUUGCACAACUAGCCUAACCGAUAGUACAAGUAGCAUUGAGCAGCAUGUCAGGGUUGGAAAGAAUGUAUUCAUAAAAACCUCCUGUAUAUAACCAUUGCAGCCCUAGGAUAGUGACUUCAUAUUUAAUACAACAUUGUAUUGGCCUUUUUCUGAAAAUAAAUGUAUGUGGCUAAAACAGACAUUGUUGUACAGGUGAAAAGAGAAAGCACUAAAUCCCAGAGAUGGAGGUUACAGGAUAACCCCCAUGUCUGACCGGCUGGCAAGCUGGUGUUAGGAGUUGUCUGGGACGUCAGAACAGACCACCCGCCAUUGAAUGCACAAAUAGCAUGCACAGCGAGGUGCAGCUACCAUCUUGCCUUGUUUCCACACCUUCAGACUGAGUUUGCCGCCAUGCAGAGUCCAGUGAGAGCUUUUCGUUUACGCUGCUCAACAAUAUCACAGCGAGCCUAGUCCUUUUCUUUCAACUGUAGAUGCUGCGAUGUGGGAUGACUGUGUGGUCGGUUACCUUCCCUAGCAACGCGCCACCCUGUCUGGCUUUGAGGCAGUAAUGUAGCUUCUGUUCUAGACUGUUCCCACACCUUACGCCUUGCCCUAUCCUGUCGUGCGUCAGGUCAAUGUAGUACUAAUACGGCUUCGCUCCAAUGAAAUGUGAUGGAAAAAAAAUCUGCUUUUGUUGUGAUACAAAAUAAAAUGUACUUGAACCUUU